CGUGACCAUCUCUGUCCGUCUGCGCAGUAUCGCUGUAAGGGGAGCUCGGGUGUUUACGUGGGGUGUUGGACAUGGUGAAAUAAGGCGAAGAGCAGGAAGUGUUGCUGGUUUCAUCUGAGAGGUUUUAAUAACAUUUUGGAGUGAGAGAGACGGCGUGUACUUCCUGGGAGAGACACUAGACGCUGACAGAGUGCUGAAGCAAAGGACUGGCAUUAUAAUUGCCAUUGUUAACGUUUCAGAAAUAUUGUGGUGGAACUUUGACAAGGAGGCCACUGAUGAAAGCCACAUAUUAGGUCAGGUAACCCAAAAGCAUUGCCAAAUAAGCAGGUUUUGAGGAAGAUCCUAAUGGAGGAAAGUAGACCUGAGAGGUUUUGGGUGAAAAUUCCAGACUGUGUUGCCGUGGCAACUGCAGAAACAGCCACCAAUGCUGAAGGAAGGAAUAAAUACAUUGUUGGAGACUGAAACUAAAUGAGUUGCUGAGGCCUUGAAGAAUGUGCGGGGAGGCAGGGAUGAUCACAGCCAGGAAUUAAGUCAAGGGCUUUUUUUCAAUUAGAAAAGUCACAAGGAAACAACGUCCAGAUCUGACGGUCACUCUGUUUCUCACAAGCUGAUUAUCACAGGGGUUUGAACAUGGAAGGAAAAAGCGCUGUUCACACUUUGGAGGACCUCUGUGUGUGAAAGAGUCUUCAAACAUUUACUUGAAAUGUCCGAAUGCCAGCGCAAUCACGCUGGAGAGAGACUGUGGAAAUGUGGGGAUUGUGGAAAGGGAUUUCGUUACCCAUCCCAGCUGGAAACUCACCAACGCAGUCACACUGGGGAGAGACCGUUCGUCUGCGCUGUCUGUGGGAAAGGAUUCACUCGGUCAUCCCAUCUUCUAAUACACCAGCGAGUUCACACUGGGGAGAAACCAUUCAUCUGCUCUGUAUGUGAAAAAAGCUUUGCUGCUUCAUCCUACCUGCUGGAACAUCAGCGAGUUCACACUGGAGAGAAACCAUUCACCUGCACUGUAUGUGAGAAAGGAUUCACUCAGUCAUCCAGCCUGUUGAGACACCAGCGAGUUCACACUGGAGAGAAACCAUUCAUCUGCUCAGAAUGUGGUAAGGGAUUCAGUCAGUCAUACAACCUGCUAACACACCAACGAUUUCACUCUGGGGAGAAACCAUUCAUCUGCUUAGAGUGUGGGAAGGGAUUCACAGAGUCAACAUACCUACUGAUACAUCAUCAAAUUCAUACUGGAGAAAGACCAUUCAGUUGCUUGGAGUGUGGGAAGGGAUUCACUAGGUCAUCCCACUUGCAGAGACACCAGCGAGUACACACUGGAGAGAAACCAUUCAUUUGCUCUGUGUGUGGGAAGGGAUUCACUCUGUCAUCCAUCCUGCUAACUCACCAGCAAAUUCACAAAGAAUCUUAGCUGAGCGAUUUUACUCUUACACCAAAUCCUGAUGCCUACUUGUUGGCUCUUUGGACUAAUGUUAUUAAACCUGGCUGUUUUAAAGGUACUAAUAUUGUACUAAAAUGUUAAUACAAUUGUUUGUCUUUAGGAUGAGGUUUUGGAAAUGAUUUCAAGUCGCUGUGCAUGCACACGUUCGCACUGGGUUUGAAUCUCAUUAGUCAAGACAGUCGUUAGCAAUGUGCCUGCUCUUGUAGCGUGGUUGAGCAAUUUUAGAUGAUGGCUUUAUGUUUCAGUCCAUAUCGAGUUGUGGGUUCAAAUUCUACCAAUCCUGAAACCACAGGCAAUGUACCCCAACAGGACAUUUCCAAGGCUAAACACCCUGAGAUGAGUAGUGACUUUUUUUUUUAAUCAGAAGUACAAGGAGAGGUUAGAACAAGAUUUUGUGAAAUAAUUUUAAGCUGAGUGCAGAGAUGUUGUGUGUCACAUUUGUUAAAUAUUAACUGAAUGCAGCAUCUUGCAAUCAUUCAGCAUUUUUAUUCUUGGCACUGAAACCUACACACUUGUGCUGAUUGUUAUCAAUGGGGCAAUGAGCCACAUUUCAGACAGAAAAACAAACUCACUUCAUAUUGAGUGAGACAGGGACAGUCAACAAGAUUUAAUCUUGCAGUCUCCAAUCCCCAUUUCCAGCAGAAAGUGGUGACUGCAGCUUCAAUCAGUGGCUCACUGCGAAUCCCUGGAACGCAAGAUCCUCCAACCUGAUCCAAACUGCCAAUACACUGAGCACGGGCUCAGGACAAAUAUCCUGCUCACUAAACCUCCAUGCGCUACUGACACAAUUCCCGAGUGGAAUGAAACUUUCUCUUGCCUUUAAUUGGGAAACCUCAGCUGAUAUGACUUGCGAAAUCCUGCUCCAAAUGAACAGUUCUUCUGAUGUGAAAAAGGAGAAAAUUAUUUUAAAUUUGACAACAGCUGCAGCAGAUUCUACUUAUCCUUAAUACCUGUUUAAUCAAAUCUGAAAAUCUAGUUCUUUAAAAUGAGGAAUGACCAAACUUGCCGAAACAGUGAAUAAAGACUUCUGAAAAUGUUGAGUGUGA